AUGUCGUCCCUCACCGAAGUCCCCUCAGAGGACGCCUUCGCGCAGCACAUGAGCAAUGCCCCUCCCGAAACCCUCAUAGUCCUCUACUUCUACGCUUCAUGGGCCGCACCCUGCACACAGAUGCGCAAUGUCCUCAGCGCCCUCGCCUCGCAGUACCCCGCCACAACCCCACCAACAGUCUCGUUUGUCAGCAUUGACGCCGAGCAGUUGCCCGAUAUCUCAGAGGAGUACGAUGUAUCCGCCGUGCCAUUUGUCGUCUGCGUGAAGAACGGAGAGAUUUUGGAAUCCAUCAGCGGCAGUGACGCUAUCAAAGUUCGCGAUGCUAUCGAGCGCCAUGUUGGUGGUGGCGCCCCCGCCGAUGGUGGUCACAGAGCGCAUAUCCCUCCUCCUCUCUCGGCGGUUGCCCGUGAGAAUGGCCCUGCGACUGCCACUCAGCAGCCUGUUUCUACCCCCGAUGGCUCGGUUGGACCUGCUGCUAACGCGGUCCCGGUCUCCGCUGACCCCGCUCUCACACCCGAGCAGUCGAAAGAAGCCCUCUUUGCCCGCCUGGGCGAGCUUGUCAAGGCCGCUCCCGUCAUGCUCUUUAUGAAGGGUACCCCCAGUUCCCCGCAGUGCGGUUUCAGUCGGCAGCUGGUUGGUAUUCUACGUGAGCGCAGUAUCAAGUAUGGAUUCUUCAACAUUCUGGCCGAUGAGGAUGUUCGUCAAGGUCUGAAGGAGUUUGCGGAAUGGCCUACUUUCCCCCAAUUGUGGGUCGCCGGAGAGCUGGUUGGUGGUUUGGAUAUUGUCCGCGAGGAAAUCAAUGCAGACCCUGACUUCAUGGGAGAAUACUCUGUCAAUAAGCCCGUAGCUUGA